UUUACUCGCCUUCUGAGCAAGUGACAGGCGGACAGGAGGAGGGAGGAGAAGUUCUUCGUAGCUUCGCCUUCUCCUCAUCAUCAUGGAGGCUCAGGCGCAUUUCUCCCGUGAGGAAAUCAACAGCACGGUUUGGGAAGUUCCCGAGAAAUACACGCGGCUCAAACAAAUCGGGACCGGGGCGUACGGCUCGGUGUGCUCAACAACAAAUGAGAAGACUAAAGAGAAAGUGGCCAUUAAGAAGCUCCACAGGCCCUUCCAGUCAGAGAUCUUUGCUAAGAGGGCCUACCGAGAGCUGCGACUGCUCAAACAUAUGAAGCAUGAAAAUGUGAUAGGACUUCUUGAUGUGUUUACAGCUGCCUCAAGCCUGGAUGACUUCCAGGACUUCUACCUGGUGAUGCCUUAUAUGUUCACGGACCUGUCGAAGGUGCGAGGUCAUCUCUCGGAAGACAAAGUCCAGUUUCUCGUCUACCAGAUGCUCUGUGGACUCAGGUAUAUUCACAAGGCUGGAAUCAUCCACAGGGAUCUGAAGCCUGGAAACUUGGCUGUUAAUCAAGACUGCGAACUAAAAAUCCUGGACUUUGGGCUGGCUCGCAGUACUGACGCUGAGAUGACCGGCUACGUGGUGACCCGUUGGUACCGGGCGCCUGAGGUCAUUCUGAACUGGAUGCACUACACCCAGACUGUGGACAUCUGGUCUGUGGGCUGCAUCAUGGCAGAAAUGAUCAAUGGAAAAACCCUGUUCAAAGGAAAAGACUACAUGGACCAACUGACUCAGAUCAUGAAAGUGACUGGAGUUCCUGGACCAGAGUUCAUACAGAAGCUGGAUACUCCAGAGGCCAAAAGUUAUAUGAAAGCCCUCCCUCGUUAUCCCAGAAAAGACUUCUCAGCGUUGUUUCCAAGGGCCAGUGUACAGGGUAUUGAUCUGCUGGAGAAGAUGCUGGUUCUGGAUGGAGACGAGAGGCCCACGGCUGAGCUAGCCCUGGAACACCCGUACUUUGACAGCCUUCGAGACCCAGACGACUUUCCUGAGCCGGCACCGUACGAUGACAGCCAUGACAACGACACAUUGUCCCUGGAUGAGUGGAAGCGGUUAUGUUUCAGAGAGGUGAAAAGCUUUGUGCCAUUCCCACGACGGGACUCCAAGAGGAAAAACACCCUGACUAUGUCUCCAUGAUGUGAUGAAUGUCAUGUAACUACUGAUGUCCCAACCAACCCACAUACAGCCAACGGUGCCCUUGUAUAUUCCAACCCUGGAUUCACUCUUUUUCUUUUACUCUGGAAAUAUUUGGAUUUUGAAUCAGUGUUCAGAAGAGUGAUUAUUUUAAAACUAUCCCUUCAUCUUUUUUUUUAGUAAUGUGAAAUUGUUUCCUAAAUGGAGAUUGCUCUUUGUGUUACGCGUUCCCUAUCAGUGAAUUGUGUUGCAAAUGAAUUGUGACUAAAUGCUGCAGGGUUGCCUGCAAGAUUUACUGUAAUAUUGUUUUCCAAAUAAACAAUAAGACAAAAUGCGAAA